CAGUUCAGAAUUUGGCGCGAGCAGGUGAUUAUGAGCCGAAAGAGGACCGUACGCUCAGCUCUGGAAGCAGAUACCAACAAACAGAUUAUUUUCCACUGGAAGAAAACAUGAAAGCUGGAUUAUGCCGCCACCUUGAUUGAACGGAGCUGAAGAAAUCCUCCCGCCAUGUCAGUUGCAGUGGAAACUACGACGUCCAGGGCUCCCCUCCCCAUCCCGGCGCACUUUUCCCACGCAGAGCAGUCCUUCUCCCUCAAAAAGCGCAGAUUCCCGUUUUCCUCGUCCACAUCCAACGCCUCCUGCUCCUCCCCUCCUCGAGGUUCCUACUCGCUCCCUCCGCUGCCGCCCUCCAAAGGAUGCCCGCCUCUGAGCAGGAUGUUCCCUCCGCAUCAGUCACCGUGGACGCCGCUGUCCGAUUCCCUCAGUAAAUCUCUCCCUCCCAGCUCUGUGUACGAUCCCAGUAAGCAUACGUCCUAUUUUGGUCAGUGCUUCACUAAUUUGGGUCUUCUUGGAAGAGGAUCCUUUGGAGAGGUCUACAAGGUACAAAACAACAAAGACGGGCGACUGUACGCCGUGAAGCGCUCCGCCCAGCGCUUCAGGGGUAACGGCGAGAGGCAGCGAAGCGUUAAGGAAGCCAGGAACCACGAGCAAAUUUGUCCUCACCCUCACGUUCUGGAUUUUGUGGCGGCGUGGGAAGAGAGCGGCCGUCUGUACAUUCAGACGGAGCUGUGCAGCACCAGCCUGCUGCUGCACGCCGAGAACAAGCCUCCUGGCCCAGGUCAGCCUGAAAACAUCUUCAUUCAGAAACUGAAUCGUUUCUUCACCCCUUUGUUUCUGGUUGAUCCAGACGAGCCGGCGGCGUGGGGCUACCUGUGUGACCUCCUUUCUGCCCUGCAGCACCUCCACUCUCAUGGUUUUGUGCAUUUGGACCUCAAACCCGCCAACGUCCUGAUCACAGAUUCUGGGCGACUCAAGCUGGGGGACUUCGGGCUUCUGUUGGAGGUCAACCAGACCGGUGCUGAGUCCAAAAAUAGGAAGACAAAGGAGGAUUUCCAGGAGGGAGACCCGCGAUACAUGGCGCCGGAGCUGCUGCGCGGGGAGUACGGACCUGCAGCGGAUGUUUUUAGUUUGGGUGUUUCUAUUCUGGAGCUGGCCUGUAACCUGGAAGUUCCAAACGGCGGCGAAGGAUGGCAGCAGCUUCGACAGGGGCACCUUCCCUCAGAGUUCACCAACGGCCUGUCUGUUGAGCUUCAGUCAGUCCUGAGGAUGAUGCUGGCCCCAGAACCAAAUGAAAGACCAACCGUCUCUCAGCUUCUCGCUCUGCCGUGCGUCAGGAAGCGCCGAUGGAAAAGGCGGAUUUUCCUGAUGGUGACUGAGACCAUGCUGACACUGGUCUCUUUCUGCCAAUUUGUGGUGUGCUUCGGUUGCAAGCUCCUCUCCUCAGUUCGCUUGCCGUUUCUGCCUUGUUGGUCGAAGCCGGAGCCGUGUACGCCGCCGAAGGACAGCUGGGACAGAGACGUGACGCUGUCCCUCAGUUCCCUGCAUAACGACCCGGGAAGUCCAGAGGAUGACGGAGUCUUUCUGCAUCACUCAGACCCAGAACUUUCCCCCACCUUUUCCAACAGAAUUAACUCCCGACUGUCAGUGGAAAGCACAUCCACACCUCUGCCGGGUUCUCCGGUCUGCGGCCCGGUCCACUCCACUCAGUCGGUUCUGGGCAGCUGGUCAUCCUGUAACCUGCCUCUGACUCCAACCAGCUCCCACCUGAAUGGCUCCUGCCACAAACUCACCCCCAACGUCAGCCCCAUUCGCGCAGAGCGCCAGCUGGGCUCCCCGUCCACCGCGUCCUCCGAGCGGCGCCAAGCUGGCCGGGUCCGGGCACACGAGGCGGCGGCGCCGCCACCGCGACCCAACUUUGAACCAAAGAACCUCCUCAGCUUGUUUGAGGAAACGACUCUGGAGGGACAGGCUUGAGGACAUUUUUUUUUAAUGCUUCUUUGGAACUAAAGAGUUUAUUUUACGGCGCCCGCUAAUGGACAGAGUGGGGUUUUUGUUCCCUUGCAAUGAAUUAGCAAUUUCUCUUUUGCAUACAGUCACUGUGAAGACAAAUGUCCAUUUAAAACUGCAAAUACCUUUAGAGUUGCUCAGUGAAAACUGUUUCUGCAUUCUUAACUGAUUGGAAAUGUAUCCAAACUGUAGUUCAGGCGAGUCCAAACUGCAAAUUUGAACUGACGGCGGGCCACAAAGUUCAUUAAAUUAAAAUGCAAAACUUAAUUUCCUUUUUUUUUCAUUUAUUUUCAUCGAAUCUGUUUAUCAUUAGAGAUCCACAGCAUAAAUAGAGCAUCAGACUGAUGCUUUAUUGCUGGAAAAACAGGGAAUUUUCUCAUUUUUGGGGUCAUCAAUUGUUUCUACCAUUCUUUACUCUUUAGUAGGGGCCGAAUAAAAUAAUUUCAAGGGCCACAAUUGGCCCCUGGGCCACACUUUGGACACCCCUGUAUUAGUGUUAAUGUUUGUUUCUGUAAGGUUGAGCUGGGCGUGAAAAAAACUGCCUUUUUUAGCAAUUCAGACCGGCAACACAAAAAAGAUGCAGUCAGAUUAUUUUAUUACACAAAAAUAUUUCAAAUAGUUUUAACUUUCUUUCCUUCUUAUGUAAAGUUUCUGAUUUUAUCUUAGAAGUGAUGGGAAGCGCAUAUUUGAUCUGUUUUGCAUAUUUCACUGAAGUUUGUGAUGCAUUUGUAUAGAGAAAAAUAUAAAACUUAAGACAUUUCACAAACAACAUAUUAACAUACAUGGAAAAACUUUGUUGCAGCAGAAAUACUUUCAGUUUUCAAUAUUGUGUCCACCAGGGGGCGCCGUAUUAUUUAGUGUUGGGUUUUUGUGAACUUUUCUGUUUUUUCCUGCCAUUUUUUAAAGCGUAUUUGAAAAGGAAGGUAUCCAGGUAAAGGAUUUGAACGUGUAAUCAGACCUUACAGCACUUUCUUCUUUGUGUUUGCGUGGAUAAUUUCCCCAAAUGGCUUGAUUUACACUGAAAUAAGUUACAAGUUGCAUGAUGGGCUCCAAAGUAAAUUUGCUUAUGGUCUGCAAGACAAUACACUUAAUUUGUGCUGCAUGCUGUGCCUAUAA